AUGGAUAUCAAGAAUAGAGAUGAGAUUGAAGAUAUGACAUCAAUACAAAUUGCAGGAAGGAAUGGUUUUGGUCAUAACAUAGAUUUCAUGUCUCAAGCCUAUCUAAGAAAUAGGAGUACAGAAAUUAUCAUAGAAGAUGAUAAUUCUUCACCUUUAGAAGAUUGUCCUCUUCCUAUUUAUCUUAAGUUUGAAGAUGUUGAAUACAAGGUGAGAUACAAAGAGGGCAAAGGAACACAUCUUGUAAAAGAAAUGGUAUCAAAGAUGGCAUCACAAAUGAAUAUAGAAGAUGGAAAUAAUUAUAAGAAGAUAUUAAAAGGCAUAACAGGAAGCAUAGGACCAGGUGAAAUCAUGGCUUUAAUGGGUCCUUCCGGUAGUGGUAAGACCACCUUACUUAAGAUCAUUGGUGGUCGAAUGGACGAAAAUGUUCGAGGAACUAUUACUUAUAACAACAUUCCUCAUAGUGCUGCUCUUAAGAGGAGAAUUGGGUUUGUGACCCAAGAUGAUGUGCUAUUUCCUCAGCUGAGUGUAGAAGAAACCUUGGUUUUUGCGGCAUACUUGAGGCUUCCCAACACCAUAAGCAGGAAACAGAAGUAUCAAAGGGUGGAAAUGAUUAUUAAAGAAUUAGGCCUUGAAAGAUGCCGCCACACAAGAGUUGGAGGAGAGCUAGUUCGAGGAAUUUCGGGAGGUGAAAGAAAACGAACAAGUAUAGGAUAUGAGAUAUUAGUUGAUCCUUCUUUGUUGUUGCUUGAUGAACCUACUUCAGGACUUGAUUCAACCUCUGCUAAUAAGCUUAUGCAAAUUCUUCAAGGCCUUGCUAAGACAGGAAGAACAAUAAUCACAACAAUACACCAACCUUCAAGCAGAAUGUUUCAUAUGUUUGAUAAAAUUCUUUUGAUAUCAGAAGGGUUUCCUGUAUAUUAUGGGAAAGCUUGGGAAACAAUGGACUAUUUCUCUUCUUUAGGGUUCACUCCAGAGAUUCCCAUGAACCCAGCUGAAUUCUUGCUUGAUCUUGCUACUGGACAAGUCAAUGAUGUUAGUGUUCCUGAUGAAGUGAAGAAGGACAAUAACACCAACUCUGCCUCAGACAAGGCUAUUGUUAAGUAUAUACAAGUCAAGUAUAAAAUGUUGUUAGAGCCAAAAGAAAAGGAAGAAAAUCAUGGUAUAACAAAGAUACCAGAGCACCUUCGAAUGGGCAUCCAAGUAAAAAAGGAAUGGUCAAUGACAUGGUUGGAUCAAUUUUGUAUAUUGUUUAAGAGGACAUUUAAAGAGAGAAGAAGGGAUUAUUUUGAUAAAUUGAGAUUACUUCAAGCUCUUGGAGUUGCACUUUUGUUAGGCCUUCUUUGGUGGAAGUCGAAAUGUGAUACCGAAGCUCAGCUUCGAGAUCAGGUUGGUUUGAUGUUCUACAUAUGCAUAUUUUGGACAUCUUCAUCAAUAUUCGGAGCGGUUUAUGUAUUUCCCUUUGAAAAGACGUAUUUAGUGAAGGAAAGAAAAGCGGACAUGUAUAGGCUAAGUGUAUACUAUGUUUGUAGUACACUAAGUGAUAUGUUGGCUCAUGCACUCUACCCUACUUGCUUCAUGGCUAUAGUUUACUUCAUGGCUGGAUUCAAAGCAAGCAUUGAGUGCUUUUUCCUAACACUUCUUGCAAUACUACUUAUUGCUUUUACUAGCCAAGGGGCUGGAGAGCUUUUUGGAGCAGCAGUUUUGAGCAUUAAAAGGGCUGGAAUGAUUGCUUCAUUGAUACUAAUGUUAUUUCUUCUUACUGGAGGCUAUUAUGUUCAACACAUUCCCAAGUUUAUGAAAUGGAUGAAAUACCUAUCCUUUAUGUAUUAUGGAUUUAGACUACUAUUGAAAGUACAAUAUUCUGGAGAUGAACUAUAUGAAUGUGAAAGCAAAGGAGGAUGUAGAUCACUACAAAGCUCCCCUUCUUUUGACACUGUCAACUUAAAUGGAGGAUUACAAGAAGUUUGGGUUCUUUUAGCCAUGGCUGUUGGCUAUAGAUUACUUGCAUACAUUAGUCUUCGUAGAAGAAUUAGUUCUUGCCAUCUUUGAUCAUCUUUAUGUAUUACUUUGAAUACAUUUAAUAAGAUCACUUAAUUGAUUCGUUUGAGAAU